AUGGAGAAACUACGAAAACAGGCCCGCGAUGCCCUGCAGCGCGAUCCGGGGAAUCUUCCGCCUUGCCUUCCCGCAGCUGUUGUGGCCGCCCAAAAUGAUCUCUACCAUCUGUGGCAGAACGUCUCGGCCUACGAUAGCAGCACCAAUCUGAUUGUCUGCGAGAGUCUUCUCACGGCAAUUGAAUACCUCGCAGCUUGGGAUCAGUUACUGCCGAAUGACGGAGGUCCCAAGCCGCUGGAAGGAAACGAGGUCGAGGCAGUGUCCAACUUGUUUAGAUGGGCCAGUAGCCAUGCUCUGCCGACAGCUGCAUUUGCCGUCGACUAUGAUGACAAUGUAGAGAUCACUGACGAACUCGAAACAGCCCAAGAAGAAUCCCGCCUGCGAUCAGAACUAGCGAUCACGCUGAUUCACUCGCUCAACAAACUAUUGCCAGGUCUACGAGACCGUUCGGUGGCCAGCUCGCCAGAUGUCAUUCUGGCAGUGGCUAGCUUUACUUCAGAGGAAGAUCCAUGGACCACGGAAGACUCCCUUAUGGAAGCCGACAUGCAUCUUAACGCGACUUGCCAAUCUAAGCCGUGGCCUAUUAUCGAACGUGUUCUCAGAGAAAAGAUUAGGCCUCUCUUCGCCAAGACGAAGAACCCUGCUAUCACGAGUGAAGGCCGGAAGAACCUCCAUCCUGUGCCGCCGACACGUUUUGAUGGAAGCAGUCUGGACGAUAGCACCCGGCCUUGGAAAAACACUGAUAUAUAUGCGGCAUCUGUACUGUCGUGGAUCAUCUCACAAUACAAGCCCACUGACAAGGCCGAACUUGAGGCACACUUCCCUCUCCUAGUGCCAGCCAUCCUAGCUAUGAUAGAUGACAGCAGCGUCCACUUUAAGGCGACUGGCUUGAAAUUGCUCGUUCAGAUUUUGAAGCCGAUUCAAGAGAGCGGCUCUGACAUUCUCCUGCGAACCAACCUUGCCUCUGUUUUCCGAGACGCGAUCACACCAUGUCUCCUCUCCCUUCCAUCCAUCACCCCGGAAGAGAGCUCUUUGAAGAUUCUAGGAGCAGCUUACCCAGCACUCCUUGCCCUAUUCACGACAGCAUACAAACCCCCCAGGAAACAACCUCAAAACAAGGAAGACGAAUACACCACCUGCCUCACGACCAUCCUCCGAUCGAACCUCAUCUCCUCUUUCCACCACAUUAGCGCUUCAAUGCCUAUCUCUGUGGCUACCCCCACCUCAUUCCCACACCCCCGACUAUCCACCUUCCUUCUCAACUGGAUAUGCAUCUUCAUCAAGGAACUCGGAAUCCACACUACCAAGUACCUCCAGGAAAUCGUCCCAGUUCUGUACCCGACACUUUCAAAUCCCUUUGGCGCAGCUCAUCCCGAACUUCUUCUUUCCUCAGUAUCAGCCACCAAAGCCGUGAUCCUGAACGCCCAUCCUCGAAUCUGGAAAUGGCGUGGUGAGAUCUUAGCGGGGCUGACGGUGUGCUGGCUACAUGUUAUCACUGAAAGUAGAGAGAAGCCAAGCAACGCAACAGCCAACAAGCUUGCGGAUUUGAAGCGUGAGAUUCAAGCUGCUGUGUAUUUGUUGAAACAUGCUUUGCAGAAUCCGGUUGUGAUUGAAGGUGUCCAGGACGCAGAUCAGUUGGCGGCGAAAGAUAACAUGGACAAGGAGCUAGAUGAGCUUGUUGCAGUUGAUGCGGAAUUAAAGAAUCUCUUGCUGGCUGAUGUCAAAGCUUGA